GCCAUUUCUAACGCUUACGCAACCCAGUCCGCCCGUGUCUCUGGUGACACCGACACCCGUGGCAUCUCUCUCGUGACUCCCGGAGCAGAGGCAUGGACACCGCGGCGGAGCUGGAGCUGGGGCUGGAGUUGGAGCAGAAGCCGGCGGCGGGGUACUGGAGCGUGGUGGGCGCGCGCCCUUGCGACGCGUGCGCCGCGGAGCCGGCGCGGCUGCACUGCCGCGCGGACGGCGCGUUCCUGUGCCCCGGCUGCGACGCCCGGGCGCACGGCGCCGGGUCGCGCCACGCGCGCGUCUGGCUGUGCGAGGUCUGCGAGCAUGCCCCCGCCGCCGUCACCUGCCGCGCCGACGCCGCCGCGCUGUGCGCCGCCUGCGACGCCGACAUCCACUCGGCCAACCCGCUCGCGCGCCGCCACGAGCGCCUCCCCGUCGCCCCUCUCUUCGGCGCGCUCGCGGACGCGCCGCAGCCCUUCCCGUCCCCGGCCUUCGCUGCCGCCGCGGGGGCCGAGGCCCCAGCUCAGGGGGAAGCGGUGGCGGAAGACUACGGGAGCAGCGAGGCCGAGGCGGCGUCGUGGCUGCUCCCCGAGCCCGACAACAGCCACGAGGACAGCGCCGCCGACACGUUCUUCGCGGAGUCGGACGCGUACCUCGGCGCCGACCUCGACUUCGCCCGGUGCAUGGACGGCGUCAAGGCCAUCGGCGUGCCGGUCGCGCCGCCCGAGCUGGACAUCGGUGCCGGCAGCUUUUGCUACCCCGAACACUCCAUGAACCACAUUUUGUCGUCAUCCUCGGAGGUGGCGGUGGUACCGGACGCGCAGGCGGCCGGCCUGCCGGUGGUGGUGGUGGUGAGCAGAGGGGAGGAGCGGGAGGCGCGGCUGAUGCGGUACCGUGAGAAGCGCAAGAACCGCCGGUUCGACAAGACCAUCCGCUACGCGUCCCGCAAGGCGUACGCCGAGACGCGGCCGCGCAUCAAGGGCCGCUUCGCCAAGCGCCGCUCCGCGGAGGGCGAGGACGAGGCGCUGGAGCACGAGGAAGGGGCGUGCUUCUCGCCCACGGGGUCGGCGCCCGCCGCGUCGGACGGCGUCGUCCCGUCCUUCUGUUGAGGGGAGAAGACGACGACGACCCCGGCAGACGGCUCCUUAACUUUGCCAGCUCUGUCGACCCUGAACCCUUUUUUUCCCUCCCCUCUUCUCUCUUUUGAUCGAGGGGUUGCCAGCUCUGGAUCUGAAAUUCUGAACGCAUGGGACGCGAGCUGUGUGUAGCAUGAAUAACUGCGUAGUUUGUUGGAUGGACGAACUCAAUCGCGCUCGCAUGGAAUGGAACUCUUGUAAUCCACCCUUUGUACAUUACCAUCUAGAGUUGCUCCUUUUUUCCAUGAGCCA